UAAAUAUUCAAAUUUACAACAUAAUAUUCUAACUAGAUAAAUAAAGAUGUCCAGCCUCGAGGAUAAAACUGCAAAGAUUGCACUCAACGACACUGACGCUACCCCGGCCCCGGCCCCAGCCCCGACCAAGGUGAGCAAGCCGAAGAAGGCUAAGCCCGGAAACGCAGCCACUCCUCAGGCCGACCGCCCCGAGUUCAUUGAGCACCGCAACCGCAUCUUUGACGAGCUGUUCCAGAAACAAAAGGACGAAAUUGCCCAGAAGCCGCGUGAGAAGAUCACAAUCACCCUGCCCGACAACACGGAGCGCGAGGGCACCUCAUGGGAGACCACUCCGAUGAACAUUGCCAACGCCAUCUCCAAGUCGCUGGCCAAGCGCCUGGUCAUUGCCAAGGUCAACGGCCAGCUGUGGGACACAUUGCGCCCCUUAGAGUCGAGCGCCAAGCUCGAGUUGCUUGACUUUGAGACUGAAGAAGGAAAGCAGGUGUUCUGGCACUCCAGCGCCCACGUUCUGGGCGAGGCGUGCGAGCUGCAUUUUGGCUGCCACCUUUGCAACGGUCCCCCUGUUGAUGACGGUUUCUACUACGAUAUCGCCGUCCCUGAGGAUUUUGGCCGCAGCGUCUCGCAGGCCGAUUUUGCUCCCCUGGAGACUCUUGCCAACAAGGCCAUCAAGGAGAAGCAGCCCUUUGAGCGCCUCGUGAUGACCAAGGAGGACCUGCUGCGCAUGUUCUCGUACAACAAGUACAAGGUGCAGCUGAUCGACUCCAAGGUUCCCGACAACACGUCGACCACCGUCUACCGCUGCGGCCCGCUCAUCGAUCUGUGCCGUGGCCCCCAUGUGCCCAGCACUGGAAACAUUACCUCGUUUGCCGUCAUGAAGAACUCGGCGUCAUACUUCCUCGGUGAUGCCAACAACGACUCGCUGCAGCGCAUCUACGGUGUGUCGUUCCCCGACAAGAAGCAGAUGACCGAAUACAAGCAAUUCCUUGAGGAGGCUGCCAAGCGCGACCACCGCAAGAUCGGUCAGCAGCAGGAGCUCUUCUUCUUCAAUGAUCUCAGCCCCGGAUCCGCGUUCAUGAUGCCGCACGGAACACGCAUCUACAACAAACUGAUAGACUUCAUCCGCAACAUGUAUUGGGAUCGCGGCUUUGAGGAGGUCUUGACUCCCAACAUGUUCAGCACAAAGCUGUGGAAGCAGUCGGGUCACUGGGACAAUUACCAAGAGGCCAUGUUCAACUUGGACGUUGACAAGGAGCAGUUUGCACUCAAGCCAAUGAACUGCCCCGGCCACUGCCUGAUGUUCGGCAUACGUGAUCGCUCGUACCGCGAGCUGCCCAUCCGCUUUGCUGACUUUGGUGUUCUGCACCGUAACGAGGCUUCGGGCGCCCUUUCUGGCCUCACCCGUGUGCGCCGCUUCCAGCAGGAUGACGCACACAUUUUCUGCACUCAGGACCAGGUCAAGAGCGAGAUUAUCGAUGCUCUUGCCUUCCUCAAGGACGUGUACAGCAUAUUCGGCUUCACCUUCAAGCUGGCCCUGUCGACUCGCCCGGAUAAGUACCUCGGUGAGGUUUCCGUCUGGGACUACGCCGAGAAGCAGCUCGCACUGGCGCUGGAUAACUUUGGUUCGCCGUGGACUUUCAAGCACGGAGACGGUGCUUUCUACGGCCCCAAGAUCGAUAUCACCAUCAGCGAUGCCCUCAAGCGCAACCAUCAGUGUGCGACUAUCCAGCUUGACUUCCAACUGCCGCAGAGAUUCAAACUGCAGUUCCGCGCGCCCAACACCGAGGGUGAGGAGACGGCUGCCACUGACCUUGAGCUGGGCGCCGACUACCAGCGCCCCGUCAUCAUUCACCGUGCUAUUCUGGGCUCGAUCGAGCGCAUCAUGGGUAUUCUGAUUGAGAACUUUGCCGGCAAGUGGCCCCUGUGGCUGUCGCCGCGCCAGGUAAUUGUCGUCCCAGUCACCGGUGUCGUGUUCGAGUACGCGCAGGCCGUGAAGCAGAGACUGCACAAGGCUGGCUUCUAUGCCGACGUCGACCUGGGAGGCGAGACGUUCAACAAGAAGAUCCGCAAUGCCGAGAUUGCGCAGUACAACUUUAUCUGCGUCGUCGGUGCGCAGGAGAUGGAGGAGGACAGUGUCAACGUGCGCUGCCGUGAUAACGCUGACUCGAAGGCCAAGGGCCAGACCAUCCCUGUCAACGAGUUCAUCGAGAAGAUCACUGCCAUCAAUUCCGCCAAGUUGCUCGAGGCCAACCUGUAAGAGAGACCUGCUGUUACUGUCAUUGUGUUCAUUCAAAUAAAUAUUUUAUUGUGAAAAUAUUUUAUUACUCGCCCUCGUCCUAUCAAAUCCGCCCGUUUUUUUAAACAUUUGCGCCAAGAUUUUGAAAAAAUGCGCAGCAAAAUUUUAUGUUCUGUUUUGAGUCCA